AAACAUAACGUUCCCACAGAUUAUACAAUACUGUACAACAUAGGCACCUAUAAGAAGACGGAACUCCUUGUAUUCUUCCUUGAAUGUAGCUAAUAAUUACAUCGUGAUUAAAUACUUAUAUUUCACUUAAUUUUUCUGUACUAUGAAGAAUGGAAUGCGAACAUUUGUUAGAUAACGUCAAAUUGGAACAAAUCAAAGUCGAGGACACAAAAAUCACAAAGAACUUCAGUUGUUCAGAAUGUUCAGUACCAGAACAGAACUGGCUUUGCCUACAUUGUGGUGUGGUGAACUGUGGUCGUUAUGUAAAUGGCCAUGCGAAGAACCAUGCUGACACACUCGGACACCAGCUUUGCAUUAGCUGUGAUGCUUAUUCUGUAUAUUGUUACAAAUGUGAUGAUUACAUUAUAAAUGAUACUGAGAACAAUAUAGAUAAAAUAAGGCAAUGUAUUAUACGGAUUAGGCAACAAAAUGAUGAAAAACAAAACAGUAGAGAAAAGCAGGAAGAUAGCAGACAAGAUGAAGAUGACUGUGAUGCCAAUAUACCUGGUUUGGUCACUGCUCCAGAUGAUAUAGUGCUCAAUGUUAUUGAAGGAGAUAUAGCAGUGCAACCAACAAGCUCUUCUUUAGAUCCUCACAGUACAGAAAUUGAAAACUGUGAUAGUAAACUUGAUAAAUGUAUUAAGGGGACUGAAGAAUCUAUACGAAGUCUUAGACCAAGAUCGAGGAAGAGAACUCAUUCCGAGGACAGUAGCUCAACUGAAAACUCAUUACAGAUAAACAGAAAAGAUAAAAAACGAUCGCCUUCUAAUGGAAAGCUUCAGAGAGAAAAAAAAGUUGUAGGAUUAAAGAAUUUAGGCAACACAUGUUUCAUGAAUGCAGUUCUUCAGAGUCUGAACAAUAUACAAGAAUUUAGUUGUUAUUUCAAUCAAUUACCUUCUUUGGAGAUGAAGGCAAAUGGCAGGAAGGUGUAUCAUUCAAGGAGUUAUACACGACAGGAGAUGAAUGAUGUUGUAAUGGCUGAAGAACUCCGUAAGGUGUUGAUAAAUCUCAAUACUGGUGGUUGCGGUUCGAAAGGUGCUAUUUCACCGGAGUGCUUGUUCCUUGUGAUUUGGAAGGUGGUACCGAGGUUUAGGGGCUAUCAGCAGCAGGACGCACAUGAGUUUCUCAGAUACAUGCUAGACAGAUUACACACGGAGCUGUUGCAACUGCUGCCCCCCGAGAAGCCGGAGCCCGGGUUCGUGGCGCGGCCUCCGUCGGCGUCCAUCGUCACCGCUGUGUUCGGGGGAACAUUGCAGAGCGAGGUUCGUUGCUUGGCGUGCGGCACGGAAAGCAAGAAGUACGACCCUUUCUUAGAUCUCUCACUGGAAUUACCAGAAGUCGGAAGAAAUGAUACGCCCGUCGCUCUUUCGGAUUGUCUCGCCAGCUUUGUACAGGUCGAGGAGUUGGCCGACACGGAGCGUUACUUCUGCAGCAGCUGCAAAUGUAAGCAGAAGUCCACUAAGCAGUUCUGGAUUCGGAGGUUGCCGAACGUUUUGUGUCUACAUUUGAAAAGGUUUCGGUGGCACAAUUAUUUCAGGACCAAGGUGGACACUUCGAUCUCGUUCCCGCUGCGCGCGCUGGACGUGUCCCGCUUCGUGCGCGACGUGCGGCGCGCCGAGCACGACGCGCUGCUGUACGACCUCGCCGCCGUCAUCGUGCACCACGGCUCCGGGGCCGGGUCUGGUCACUACACCGCGUUCGCUAUAAACGAGGAGCAGUGGUUCCACUUCAACGACCACACGGUGCGCGCCGCGGACUCGCACGCCGUCGCCAGCUGCAAGCCCUACAUACUCUUCUACAUCCGCAGGGAACUGUCGCUGUGACACCGAUACCGACCUCAAUACUCACAAUUUUGACCCUCGUACACUCAGAUUAGUCUGUAAUGGUGUAAUCAAGAAGGGUGUAAUUAAAAUCGGGACCUGAGAUACAAAUGGCUGACUCUAAGUGAAUGGAGUGACAGAGAAGGGACAAGACAAAAAAAAGUUUGGGAAUCUAUGUUCAAAGGUCAUUGCCCCUGUAAUAAUUAAGAUUGUAAAAACACUGUAUGAUACAAGUGUUGCCAACUUUUAUUUUUUACAGCGCGCUCAAAGAUCGUUACAAGUAGCUUAAAAUAUAUAAAAUAAAAUGGCUGUUAGGUAUGUAUGUAUGCUCCCGUGUCCUGUGUGCAAGUAUCUUGGGCUCUGUCCUUUUGACUUUUAUUAUAAUAUAUACAUGGAAGGCUCCAUGAAGCUCGCUGUUGUUAAAAUCUACUGAAUUGUGAAUAUGCAUUAUUCUAUGCCUAUAUAUCGACUAGUAUUUUUUUUUAAAAACCUCAUUCUCAAAACACGUUUAUAAAUUUUAUAAAAUCGUAAUUCUCAUCACGCAUUCGUUUUUGGGAGUGAUUUUUGCAAAUGAGUAUCCGAAAUAAUUUUUUGUAACGUAAUAAAAUAUUUUUAGUCUAAACAAUAAAUUAUGUCAGCCUUUUUUUAACAAGAUGUUUUCUACUUUUUUAUUAAUUCGCAAUAGGUCAAAAUAAGUUUCGUGUUUCUUAUUUCAUCGCAAAUGAGGUUGUGUUUUCGAUUGUGAAUUCAAAUUUGGAAUGUGUGAUUCGCCACAACGUUGACUAGCCACCAACGACUAUGAUGUUUUUUUUUAACAAACAAACAAGCAAAAACAUCCGUCAAACUUUAGAUCCUAUGAUUAAAGUAAACUUAUGAUCUAAUUAAUUAAGAAUGUAAUAUUUAAAAGGCUAUUAUUGUGUAUAAUUAUGACAGUUAUUAUGAGAUAACGUAAUGUGAUGGGACAGUUUAAUCUGCCCGCCUGGUUUUAUUUACAGCUUUUUUUUCUUCGUAAUAAUAAAUCAUGAACUGUUAUUUUUGUGAUUUCUACACAGUAUAUGUACAUCUCGUAUUUUAACAGAUUGAAAUUUUUAAUGAAUCCUUUACGAUAUUUCUACAUAGUAAAACAGAGUCGCUUUCUCCGCGCUUUCUUUCUUAAUCUCGCCACCGAUUUUGAUGUUGUUUUCACCAAUCGAUAAACGAAGAAGUUUUAUUUAAACAAUACGUCAAUAUUUUGGCACAUCACGCUUGACUAUAAUGGCGGUGUUAUGAAAAAAAAGUUAUUUUUCGCGUGUUUACUUGGCUCACGCUGGCCAAAUCGAGAAGGCUAGUUUUAAAUAAACGAUAACAUUUUCAGUUCGAAAAUAAGGUCGAUUUAUCCAAGAGUGUUCAAACAAUAAUAAACGUUGCGUAACACCGGUGCGUGUUUCGUUAUGGGAUAUAUAUUAUAUUUUGUUGCCGAAAACAAAGGUCUGUUUGUUUUUAAGACGUACUUUUCUGCACCCUUUGCCUACACCAGCGGUCGGGGAAGUUUUUUAAUUAUUACCCCAAAAUAUUUUUGAAUAAUAUUGAAGAACAAAAAAAAACGAAAUCGCUUCUUUUUAGUAUCUUUCAUAUUGUAGCCCCCAUGAUAAUUUUGAAAAGAAAACAAUAACAAAAAAUUUAACGAUUCUAAAGAAGUUUCACUUCAAUAUAUACUUUUUACUCACAAAAGUUUCAUUUUUACCCCCCAAAAUUUCAUUUCAAAAAGUCGUUGACCUCUGCUUGUUUUUCACCUGAACUUUAAUAAGAUCCUAGUGAGAUUUUUUAUCUAAAUAAUAAAACACGAAUGCUGUCAAUAUCGACGGCGCAUAUUUUGAAUUAUUUAGAUAUAAUGGUGUAUUUUUAUAACAGCUGUCGACUGCAUAGCGUUGUAUAUUGGCAUCACACGGUACCGCUUCGAAGACAUGUUUAUGCAUAUCGACGCUUGAAAGUCUCGAAUAUAUUAAGUGUAUAAUCUAUGCUUGAAAGGCAAACGUGACUAAGCGACAAUGCGUGAACUUUACAGUAGACUAAUUUGAAGUUGAAAUACCUGAAAAAAAUUAUAUUUUAACGAAUCUAGCUGUAGAAUUGAAAUGAUUUUAAUAGACCUAGAAUUUUUUUUUUGCGCAUCGAAUAUGGUUAUUGCCUAUCAUUUAUGUACAAAGCAGUUAUUGUCGCUUAGUCAAGUUUGCCUUUCAAGCGUCGUUAUGCAAGCUUCCCUUUCAUUAGUAACAUUAAUAAUUUAAUAUAUUUUGAAGUUCCUUACGAAUCGGACAUUAAAUGACGUAUUAAUCGCGCGUUUAUUAAAUACUUUUGCUGUUUCACAUCUAGACAAAUUUUAAUUGCGUUAUUAAACUGUGCAAGGAUUAUAAUCGCAUAUUAUGUUGAGAUUCUUUAAAUUAGCCAAAAAGGUUUUCAAUACAAACUCUUUCGAAUUUGGUGAACCAAUCUAAAUGCUUAUUAAAAAUAUAAUAUCCUACGAAUACUGUUAAUGCGACCGUCUGCGUGGAUGGUUGGAUAUUUCACUGAAAAAAUACUUACGGAUUUUGAUGAACUGUCACGAUGUAUUAACUGAUUAAGACUUAGGCUAUAUAAAAUAGUACGAUCAAAGUAUGGUAGGUGGCGCGCGAGUAGUUAGAAUUUAAAGUUUAUCGGACAAUAAUAGUCACAGCGGAGCGUAACCUUGUCUUGCGUAAUAUAAUCAUGAAGUCGUACCUCAUUAAUUUUCGAAUAGAUUUCGUUUAAAAUAAUGUACAAAUCAAACAUUGUUCGCAGAUUUUGUUAAUUAAUAGCAAAAUACAAAAGCUUUAAGCAGGCAAAGUUAAAAUAAUGUUUAAAAAAAAUAUAUUUCACGUGUUUUACAGAAAAAAGUACUUUAAUAUAAAUGAAGGCACAAAUUUUCUGUACAGAUUAAGGUCUAAUGCAGUAUGGAACCGAAAUUUAGUACCUAGGUAGCACAGGAUUUCAUACGAGCCUCUCUGAUCUACAAAAGAAAAACAAAAACCAACAUAUACUUUUUAAAUAUCAUAAUAAGAUACUUAAGCUUACAUACUGAUAUACUUAUAUACGCGAGUUAUAACACUUAAAAAAGUUAGUUACAUCUUACGAGUAUAAAUGAUGAAUUGAUAAAAAUGCCUUAGAUUCAAAACUAUCUACACGCCAAACAAACUUCAAGACGUUGACAGUUGACAUUAAAUUCUACUUUUUAGAUAGGCUAUUACUGCAAGACGGUUUCGUAGUCGCUUUGCUGGUCGUGGAUUUAACAAUAAUUUAGGUAUACCUCGUGUUUUGUUUCUCAAUUGGACUUACUUUUUAAGAUUCGAAUUCUUAAUUACGCCUCUUACAUUCCCAUUGGUUUUUUCUUAACGCGAAAAUGUAUUACGCAAAGAGAAAACGAGAAUUGUGUGUUGAAAUGUUACGGUGAACCUUGUGUAAAUAAAAUCGGUUUUUUGUUUCGUGAUUGUAGUCUAUAUCAAAACCGAAGUAACUUUAUAGAAAAAAAAAAUACAGAUUAGUUUUGUAUAAGCAACAUCGAUUACCGGAAUUUAGUGUUGAAUUUAAUAAAUUCGCCAAAAUAAAAUAAAAA